GAGAAGGUCUCAGGCUGGAGGGUCCCGACGCCUUUCCAGGUCUCUCCCUCCUGAGCAGCGAUGGGGGCGGGUCGGAUCCUGGGGGCCGGGAGCGGCUGGGCUGGGGCUCUGCUAGUGACACUGACGGUGCUGAGAACCCACCUGGCUCAUUGCACAGAGCCCGAAGGGUGGUUUCUGUACCAGACGAAGUCUGACUGUCUGUUCACCAACGGCACCGAGCGGGUCCGGUUCCUGGACCGGUACAUGUACGACCGGCAGCAGUUCGUGCACUUCGACAGCGACGUGGGGGUGUACGUGGGGGAGACGGAGGUGGGGCGGGCCCAGGCCGAGGGCUGGAACAAGGACCCGGCGAUCCUGGCGCAGAUGCGGGCUGCGGUGGACACGUUCUGCCGGCACAACUACGGGGCGGCCGAGCCUUUCAGCGUGGCCCGGAGAGUUCAGCCCAAGGUGAAAGUUUCCCCCACGAAAUCGGGGUCUGAGCCCCACUCCCACCUGCUGGUUUGCUCGGUGACGGGGUUUUACCCCUCGGGGAUCGAGAUCAAGUGGCUGAAGAAUGGGCAGGAGCAGACAGCCGGGGUGGUGUCCACGGAGCUGCUCCAGAACGGAGACUGGACCUUCCAGAUCCUGGUGAUGCUGGAGAUGAGCCCCCGGCGCGGGGACGUCUACACCUGCCAGGUGGAGCACAUCAGCCUGCGGGGCCCCCUCGCCGUGCACUGGGAGGCGCAGUCUGACUCCGCCAGGAGCAAGAUGCUGACGGCGGUCGGGGGCUUCGUGCUGGGGCUGAUCUUCCUGGCGCCCGGACUCCUCAUCUACCUGAAGAAUAAGAAAGGGCGCCCCGUUCCCCAACCUGCAGGGCUCCUGCGUUAGAUCCUGGGCCGGGGCCGGGACAUGGGGCCUUGGCAGUCCAGGGCCGUCAAUCCGGGGUCAGCGUGAAAGUCCCCAUGCAAUUGUCCACAGCCCAGUGGAGACAUUUCUCCAGCCCCGCGACCCAGAAAGGGUUAACGCUCGACGUCGUUUCACACCCCGUCCGACUGUGGGUGGACAGACGGACAGACUGACAUCUUCUUUCCCCUCACCUGGUUUCACUUCCUCCCCCACCCCCCACGGGAUGGUUCUGAGCCCUCCAGCCCCGGCCCCAGCAGCAUCCACCACACUCUGCUCCCUGGGCCUCCCGCCCCGACUCUGCCCAGCCUCCGGUGAUGCCGGGUUGGCGCCGCGCUGCCACUGGCCGAGCCCCGGAGGCGCUAACCCUGGCCCAGCGUCACUGCCUGUUUGUGCAUCACUGAGACACCAGGUCCCAUGGGCGGGCGUCAUUUCGGUGCCAGGGACUUUCCACCCAAAACCACCCGGGCCUGCAGCCUGGCUGGCACCCGGGGGCCUGGCCCAGCCCCACACCUGCACUGGAGAGGAGUAAACUGCGAGUGAAAUGCAGCCCCGGUCGGUGUCCUCACCCCACGGUAUGGGGGGGACACUGAGAGCAACAGACUUGUCAGACACCACUGAGCCACCCAGCCCCCCCUGCUCUGAUCCACCAGCCCCAGUCCCCUCCCAGAGCCAGGAGAGAAUCCAGGAGUCCGGGCUCCUAACCCCCCCCUGCUCUGACCCACCAGCUCCCACUCCCCUCCCAGAGCCAGGGAGAGAACCCAGGAGUCCUGACUCUCAGCCCCCCCUGCUCUAACCCACCAGCCCCCACUCCCCUCCCAGAGCUGGGGAUAGAACCAAGGGGUCCUGGAUUCCCAGCUCUAACCGUUACACCUGUCACGGAGUAUUGGGGGACUCAGGGCCCUGCACCCCCGGCUUCCUGCGAUUCACCAUGACUCUCAGCCAGCCAGUAAAGCAGAAGGUUUAUUUGGAUGACAGGAAUACAGUCCAAGACAGGUCUUGCAGGCACAGACAACAGGGCCCCCCUCAGUUAGGUCCAGCUUGGGGUCCCAGGGCAUGCCAGCCCACCCCCCUUGGGGGGUCAGAGCCAUCUCUCCUCCCAGCCAUCUCUCCAGCCUCCUCCCAGCCUGCUUCCAGCACUCUGCCUUUAGCGACCCCUCCCACAGCCUUUGUUCAGUUUCCCGGGCCCCGGAGUCACCUGACUUCCAACCCCCUCCUGGGUUCUCAUGUUACAAGCUCAGGUAUGUUCCCUUGGGCAGACUCCCAUCCCCCGAUGCAGACCAUCCUAGUCACACUCCCCUGUCAGCAUUCCCACACCCCAGCAAGAACAGUCCCAGUUCGUCACAACACCCCACUCCCCUCGCAGAGCUUGGAAUAGGACCCAGGAGUCCUGCCUCCCAGUCCCUACGCACUAGACCCCACUCCCCUCCCAGAGCCAGGACAGAACCCAGGAGUCCUGGCUCCCAGCCCCCCCUGCUCUGAUCCACUAGACCCCACUCCUCUCCCAGAGCUGGGGAUAGAACCAGUGGCGUAGCCAGCUUCUAAGAGCAGGGGGAGCAAACAUAAAAAAGGCUCCCCCCCUUGGCUCCUCCUCUGGCCACGCCCCCCCGGC